AUGGUUGAAUCCAAACAGCGGAUUGGAAAGGCAAAAAAUCAAGAUAAUGAUGUUACUGCUUUAAAUUCAGAAGAGGAUCUUGACACUCCAACCUCCAAAGAUAAAUUCACUGAACUCCUAGAGAAAACAAGUUGGUUGGAAAAUGCUCAGGAGCCUGCUGCAUCCUCAAGCAAUAAUAGUCAACUUAUCAUGACAUCAGUCAUCACUCAAGGUUUUUAUGUGCCUCUGGAGGAGAAACAAUAUGUGAAUCUGUUUGAGGAAGGUACACAAGCAAAAUUCUAUCUAGACAUCAUGCAAAGAACUGGUGCCAACCUAGAAAUAACUUUUGUCAAAAACCAAGGCCUCUACAUUAUAGUCUCUGGUAAGCCAGAAUCUGUCAUGAAAGCUCAGAAGGAGAUUCUUGCAUGUUUUAAGAAACAAGUUUUAACUACAGCUUCCAUUCCCAAAGAACAUCUUUGCUUUGCUGUAGGCAAGACUGGCGAAAAACUGCAAGACCUAGAACGAAAAGCUGCAACCAGCAUUCAGACCUUAUGCCCAGUUAACCACAGCACCUGGAUCAAUACUGUUGGCACCAAAGAGAUCAUGAAAAAGGCUCCAUAUGAAGUCUUACUUAUGUUUACUGAACAAGACAAGUGUGCUGAAGAAAGGUUAGAUGUGGGAAAAGCAUUUCAUACUUUCAUUGCUGGACCAUGCAAUAAAACUUUUGACAGAAUCCUACAGGAAACGGAGGACCGCAUCCACAUCUCACCAUCUAGUGCCAAUCAGACACAAAUAAGCUUUCCUGGAAAAAAGCAACAACUAGAUCAGGAUCAGGCUUGUGUAAAGAAGAUUUUUGACAAUACUACAGAGAAAACCACAUCCAUAGAUGUGGAGAGCUGUACCUUCCCUUCCUGGCUUCACAGAUUUGUUAUUGGUAAGAAAGGUCGUAAUAUAUCUACAAUUACUCAGAACAUGCCAAAAGUUCACAUAAAUUUUACUGGAGAAGAUAAAAUUACAAUAGAAGGGCUGACAGAAGAUGUUAAUUAUGCUAAAGAACAAAUUGAGGUCAUAGUAAAAGAUCUAAUUAACAGGAUGGAUUAUGCAGAGAUUAAUGUUGACUAUAAAUUUCACAAACUCCUGACAGGGAAGAAAGGUGUUAUCAUAAAUGGGAUUAAAGAAAGGAAUAAAGUUUCUGUGCUAAUCUCACCUGAAAAUGAAAAGAAUAAUUGGAUCAGAAUUGAGGGGGAAUCUCAGGGUGCCCAACAGGCCAAGAAAGAACUUCUUGAAAUUGCUUCUCAUUUAGAAAAUGAGCACAAGGUCUUAGUCAUUGAGCAAAGAUUUCACCACGCAAUCAUUGGGCAGAAAGGUGAAUGGAUACAUGACAUCCGUAAGAAAUUUCCAGAGGUUCUAAUUACUUUUCCUGACCCAGUACAAAAAAGUGACAUUGUCCAACUUAGAGGACCAAAAAAUGAAUUAGAAAAAUGCAUAUAAUAUUUGGAGAAUGUGGUGACAGACAUUGUAGAAAGUACCUAUUCCAUAACUAUUCCCAUCUUCAAAAGGCUUCACAAAAAUAUCAUUGGAAAAGGAAGUGCAAACAUCAAAGAAAUCUGUGCAGCAAGCAACACCAAAAUUAAUCUUUCAUCAGCAAAUAGCGACUCAGAAAAUAUUGUCAUCAGUGGAAAGACAGCAAAAUGUGAAGUGGCUCGUGAUUUGAUUCUUUCAAUUCAGAAAGAUAUAGCCAAUAUUUCAGAACUAGAAAUUUCUAUUCCGUCCAAUCUACACAAAUCCUUUAUUGACUCUAAAGACGGUUUGAUUGGUGCAGUCAUGGAAGAAUGUGGAAGUAUCCAUAUCCACUUUCCAAAAAACAACUCGGGACUUUAAAGAGUCAUUAUUAGGGGACCUGACCAAAAUGUGGAGAUGGCCAAGAAAAAGCUGCUGCAACUAGUAGAAGAGCAAACCAAGAGUUAUUCUGUGGUCCUCCAUGUCAAGCCAGAGUAUCAUAAAUUUCUCAUGAGUAAAAAUGGAGGCAAUGUUCCCAAAGUCUGUGAAGAGACUAGAGCAUGUAUCGUUUUCCCUAUCCCUGAGGACAAGGAUCAAGACUUGUUAACUAUUAUAGGGACAGAGAAGGCUGUCAAAGAUGCACAAAAGAAACUAGAGGGUUUAAUUACAAACCUAGAUAAUGUGGUAAAGGACAACAUACUGAUAAAUCCCAUGUAUCACCAGCACUUUUUUAUGCAAAGGGGCCAGGUGUUACAGGAGAUGAUUGAGGAGUAUGGUGGUGUGAUUAUUAACUUUUCAUGUUCAGGAAAACAGAGUAACAAAGUCACAAUCAAAGGAGCAAAGCCUUGUGUAGAAGCAGUCAAUAAACAUACUCAAGAGAUUAUUGGGGACUUGGACAAUGAAGUCGCAACAGUAUGUGUUAUUCCCCAGAAGUUCCAUCAUUUUUUCAUGGGGCCAAUGUGUUCUUGAAUCAGACAAAUCGUUAGAGAUUAUAGUGUUCAAAUCAAAUUCCCAGAUAGAAAGGAGAUUUCACUUACCAAUAAACAGCCAGCUGUUCUAGAAAAUAAGGAAGAAAGGGAAAAGAGCACUACAGGAGCUGCUUCUAUUUCCCCAACAAAAUGUGACACCAUAUUUAUCUCAGGCCAAAAGGAAAAGUGUGAGGCAGCCAUGGAAGCCCUUAAGGCUUUAAUUCCUGUCACUGCUGAAGUAGAUGUGCCCUUUGAUCUACAUCAUUACAUCAUUGGUCAGAAAAGAAGUGGGAUACACAAGAUAAUGGAUGAGUUUGAAGUUAAUAUACAGGUAUCAGCACUUGAAUUCGAGUCUGAUAUCAUUUCCAUCACUGGCCUUGCUGCAAAUGUAGAACAAGCCAAGGUUAGAUUACAAGAACAAGUCAAGGCUUUACAAACUGAAAUAGAAGAUCGAUCAUUAAGAAAUUUCAGACUCAAGUUCACAGUAGACCCCAAAUAGUUCCCCAAGAUCAUUGGUCGAAAGGGGUUAGCUAUUGCUUAGAUUUGUUUAAAGCAUAAAGUUACUAUCUAUUUUCCAAGUAAAGGGAGCAAUGAGAUACAAGACAAAAUCACAAUCAUUGGAUAUAAAAAUAACACCAUAGCCACUUGGGAUACAAUAAUGGAAAUGGUGCAAAAGUUUGAAAAAACAGUUACUAAGCAAAUUUCACUAAACAAUCGUGUUCAUGGCCACAUUAUUGGAUCCCGUGGAAAAGCCAUUCAUAAAAUCAUGAAUCAAUUUCAGGUCGACAUCUCUUUCCCUCCUAGAGGAGUCCAAGAUGCAAACAUCGUCACUGUGACUGGACUCCCUAAUAAAGUCACAAAAGCAAUUGAUCACAUCCUCAGUCUUGAGGAAUAUUUUAUGGCUGUUGUUCCAAAGCAUGAGUCACAGAAGGAGCAUAUGAAGAAGGUCACUCUGUGUGAUUUAGUCUAUACUCCAUCCAAGAGUUUUGCAGAAAAAUAUGUUCCCUGUACUGCAAACACCAUUCAAAAGAUCCCUGACAUGAACAGCUCUGAAGAUUUUCCCAGCUUGGAUCCUCAAGUGGACCCGAAGACUCACCCUUGGAGAUGCAAAUAA